UUUGCCGCCUUGCUGGCUAUGUUUACCAAAGUUGAAGAAGCAGGUCGCAACACUGUUCUUGGAGUACAGGCUAUUCCAGACACGGACUUGAAGGUAGCGACUUGCUCACAACGUUUCUUCAACCUCGGGUCGAAACCCGAUCCUCUGCGUGGAAAUGAUAUCAAAGAAGCUGCCAUAACUGUCUUCUUUAGAGACUGGUAUGCACCACUUCUGAUGAAUCGACUUGUUCGCGGAAUUGCCAUGCUUUGGUAUAUAAUCUACCUUUAUUUUGCAUAUUAUGGAGUCACACAGAUCAGGGAAAGUGCCAAUUGGCUAUUCAAACAGGUGUUUGGUUGUCAACCUCAUAUGGGGCUUGAACCAGUCAAUUUACUUGUGGAAGACUCCUACGCAAUUCCCCACUACAAGAUAUUACAAAACUAUUUUUGGAAGUAUGGGGCCACUUUACAGGUAGUAGUAAAUAACGCACCUGAUCUUCGCGAUGCAGCCGCGCGCGAACGCAUUCAUGCGAUGGUGGGCGACUUUGCAACAACGCGGCACUCCAUCGGAAUGGACGGCGUACAAUUCUGGAUGAACGACAUGGAGUCGUACUACCACGACAAUCUAGACAUGAAAAUCAUCGAUCCAGCAUUCUACAGUAUGCUGCGACAUUGGUUAGCUUCAAAGCACAAUAAUCCAUGGGCUGAGGAUUUAUAUUGGGGUGAAGAU